GUAAGGGAUAUAGCUUUCACGCCUUUGCUCUUCGCUUCUCUCUCUUUCUCUCUCUUUCUCUCCGGUGAUUCAUCUUCUCUCCUUGCUUCAAAAUCCUGGCAACUCCUCUUGCUCCUUUGCUAUACUGCUUUGUUUGCUGCUUGUUUGCAUAUGCGCGUUGUAUGUUCGCUGAGCAAUCCGAUCCUGGUUUUUACAGGAGAAAGAAAUGAAAGAAAAUGAUGUCUCCAUCAACUAAAAUUAUCGCGAGGCACCAGAAAACCUGCUGCUGCUGCUGCUGGUGGUGGUGGUAGAGAGAAGAGAAUCUCGGAGGAGGAUGCAGGGCUCGCAAAAUUCGCUUCUGGGGAUGAACAGCUUCAGGACCGAACCGGAACCCCACGUCGCUCAGCAGAGCCGCCGGGACAAGCUCCGGGUCCAGCACAUCGACCCGAUCCCCGAUCUCGUCCAGGUCCGGGACGUCUACGACCCGGCCUUGUUCUCAUCGUCGGCCCACAUACAAAAUUUACCGCUGGCCGGCGCCGAAACCUCGAUUACCAACCCGUCGCCGUCCAGCUUUCAUGAAGCGUCGGGCAAUCUCGCCCGUGCCGGUGAUCCCCGGGGCCCGUGCGUCUGGCGAGCGCAGCAGACGAGCUCCGAGUGGAUUGUUACGAGCCCGGCUCCGAUGACAGGCAGUUUGGCUUCGCCCGGUGCUUGCCACUUCAAGCCCGGCUUCUCCGGGUUUUACCAGGAGGCAUCCACGGAGCUUUCAAGCCAAGAGAACCACGAACAGCAGUGCGGGGACUUGCACUUUCCCUCUUCUCAAUUUCACCAUUCCACUCUCCAAGAGGUGGUCACUUCCGUGGGCGACCAUGGCCUGGAACUGCCCUCCGUUCGCGAGCCCGGUCAGCCGUGCUCGUGGGUCGAGAGUGGAAACGAAUUGCUGCUUCUGCCGAGCUACGGCGAGCAGCCGAACACGGUGUGGGUGAGCCGCCAGCCUCCGCAGUGGAAUGGGCAAGGAGGGUUUGCACGGGGCAAAGUUGAAGAGGGAUUUGCUACCGUUGGGAGUGAGGGUGGGGCGCAAGGUCUAUCGUUGACCCUCUCGUCGAACCCGGCGUCGGAGCUCCAUGUGGCUCAGCUGCAAGAGAGUUUUGGACUGCCGAGCUCGAGGGCGAGCGGAGCCGGGGAAUCCUGCCCGUACCCCAGGUUCUCGAUCGGUGAUAGAGGUUAUGGGGACUCGCUUCAAGGUACCGUCAGCUCGCCGGUGGCGGAUGCUCGUAGGGCCGCGGGGCCGCUCGGGCCUUUCACGGGAUACGCGACCAUUCUGAAGAGCUCCAAGUUCUUGAAGCCGGCUCAGCAGCUGCUGGAUGAAUUUUGUAGCGCUGUGAAGCAGUGUCAUGUGGGUGGCAGGUGUUGUGGGGCUGCGGGUGCCAAUUGUGAUGAUGUGGUGGCCGGCGAGAAAGAGAACAGCGCAAGGGGAGGGUGUUCGGCGGCGUCGUCGUCCACCUUUCAUAGUUCCUCGACGGAAGCUGGUGUGAGCGGCGAGGCGUCUCAAAUUCAUCGCCCCGAGAUGCAGCAGAAGAAAGCGAAGCUCUUGUACAUGCUCGAAGAGGUAUGCAGAAGGUACAAGCAGUACCACCAGCAAAUGCAAAUGGUGGUCUCCGCGUUCGAAUCUGUAGCAGGCCUCAGCUCUGCUACGCCCUACACUUCGUUAGCCCUCAGGGCUGUCUCGAAGCACUUCAGGUGCAUAAAAAAUGCUAUAUCUGAUCAGCUCCGGCACAUCAGCAAAGUGCUGGGAGAGGAGUUCAUCAAAUCACCGAGUUCCAGUAGAGGUGAAGCAACGAUGUCCCCGAAGCUAAAAUACGUCGACCAGAGCCUCCGGAAACAAAAGGCAGGUGAGAACAGCUUAGGCUUUAUGGAUCGGAACCAGCCGGUGUGGAGACCUCAGAGAGGCCUACCUGAGCGUGCUGUGGCUGUUUUGAGGGCCUGGUUGUUCGACCAUUUCCUUCAUCCGUAUCCGACUGAUACGGACAAGCACAUGUUAGCGACCCAAACUGGCCUGUCACGGAACCAGGUCUCCAACUGGUUCAUUAAUGCCCGGGUGCGACUAUGGAAGCCUAUGGUGGAAGAGAUCCACAUGCUUGAAACCAAAGGGAUGAACGGGAAUGGACCUCAACUCCGGCAACAACAGAAACAGUGCUACUACUAAGCCACCCAUGGAUGAAGUAGGGCGGCCUUCUA